AUGUCUAUUUCGAGCGAGUUCCGGAAAGUGUCCAAAUGUCUUCAUACAUGUAGGCCCUCAACAUGGUUGUCUCAUGAAAGAGAUAUGAUUGUCGUAUCAAAAGAUCUGUGGCAAAACUGGCAGCCUGUCGAUGCUGUGCAUAUUGCCUAUCCCAUCAUGGGCACAUCCAAUCUGACAUUGGGUUUCGGUCCCGACUAA